CUGCCCACCUUGGCCCCGUCUCCUGAGCCGACCCGUGUGGGCGGGCCCGGUUUCCCGGCGGCACCGAGGCUGCGGAUCUGAGAGGGAGGGCCGGGUGACGUCGGCUGCGGGAACGUCCACCGACCAGAACCCGAAAAGCCAAGCUGGAGGUGCCUUCCGACCAGUCUGCCGUUCCUCGGCCUCCGGUGGAGUUCCCGAGGCUCCCGGCUCCCGCCGGGCCCGUCCGCUUGAACUCAGGUCUGACCGGGCCACCUCUAUGACCCCGGCCGCCCCCGCCUCAGCCCAUGGCUCUGCCGCCCGGCAGCGAGGGCCGCGGCUCGGGCCCCGGACCGUCGGCGGCUGCGGAGGGCUCGUUCUACCGGCAGGCCCGGCUCCUGCGGCCCGGCGAGGCCCCGGCCCGGCCCCGCCGGCGUGAGGGCCGCGCCCGCCACGUGGUCAUCAACGUCGGGGGCGUCCGCUACAGCCUGCCCUGGGCCAGCCUGGCCCGCUGCCCGCUGGGCCGGCUGGAGCGCCUCCGGGCCUGCCGCAGCCACGACGACAUCAUGCGCGUCUGCGACGACUACGAGGCCGGCGGCAACGAGUUCUUCUUCGACCGCAACCCCUGCGCCUUCCGCACCCUGAUGAGCUUCCUGGCGGCCGGGAAGCUGAGGCUGCUGCGGGAGGCCUGCGCCCUGGCCUUCCGGGACGAGCUGGACUACUGGGGCGUCGAGGAGGAGCGGCUGGAGCGCUGCUGUCUGCACCGGCUGCGCCGGUGCCAGCGGGAAGAGGAGGAGGAGGAGGAGCAGGAGCGGGAGGAGGCGGCGGAAGGGGCGCGCUGCGGAGGGUCCGAGCCCUCGCCCCCCUGGGCCGGGCCCGCCCAAGGCCGCCUGCAGCGCUGCCUUCAGCGGCUCGGGGCCGCGGUGGAGGACCCGCGCUCGGGGCUGCCGGGGCAGCUCUUCGCCUGCGUGUCCGUGAGCUUCGUGGCCGUCACGGCCGUCGGCCUCUGCAUGAGCACCCUGCCCGACGUCCGGGCCGAGGAAGAGCGGGGCGAGUGCUCCCAGAGGUGCCACAACAUCUUCGUGCUGGAGACGGUGUGCGUGGCCUGGUUCUCCUUGGAGUUCCUGCUGCGCUCCCUCCAGGCGGAGAGCAAAUGCGCCUUCCUGCGGACGCCGCUCAACCUCCUCGACAUGGUGGCCCUGCUGCCCUUCUACGUGUCGCUGCUGGUGGACCUGGCCUCGGGGGGCCCCCGGCCGGGCCCCCCGCCCGGCGGGGGCGGGAACAAGUCCCUGGAGCGGGUGGGGCUGGUCCUGCGCUUCCUGCGGGCCCUGCGGAUCCUGUACGUCAUGCGGCUGGCCCGCCACUCCCUGGGCCUGCAGACGCUGGGGCUGACGGUGCGCCGCUGCGCCCGCGAGUUCGGCCUGCUGCUCCUCUUCCUCUGCGUGGCCAUGGCCCUCUUCUCCCCGCUCGUCUUCCUGGCCGAGAGCGAGCUGGGCGCCCGCCAGGACUUCACCAGCGUCCCCAGCAGCUACUGGUGGGCCGUCAUCUCCAUGACCACCGUGGGCUACGGCGACAUGGUGCCCCGCAGCCUCCCCGGGCAGGUGGUGGCCCUGAGCAGCAUCCUCAGCGGGAUCCUGCUCAUGGCCUUCCCCGUCACCUCCAUCUUCCACACCUUCUCCCGCUCCUACGCCGAGCUCCGGGACCGGCAGCGCCGCCGGGGCCGCCGGUGGUGGCGGGCGGGAGGCCCGGACCCCCCGGCCCUGGAGGACAGCACGCGCUCCCACACCGACGACAGCUUCCCGGGGCCGGACGGCCCCUUCCCGCCCGGCGCCGGGGGAGCCGCUGACCUCUGACCCCCGGCCGGAGGACGGCCAGGCCCUCGAACCGCUCGCCCCGACGAGGACCCCGCGCGUUCCGGACUUCGGCGCGGCGGCAGCGGGAAGUCUACCCCGGCUCCGGCCCGCUGCCUGCCAACCAGGAAAGACGGGAGGUUGGCGCCAGCCUGCCCCGCUCUCCUCCCCAACCCCCGAGGGCCAGGGUCCGGGGAGUCCCCCGGUCCUGCUCUUCUGCCACCCCGCCAAGCCCGGCCCCAUCCUCUCCAGCAGGACGGGCCCCGGGCGGAUCCCGCCGGAGGAUCUUUGCCCUGGCUCGGGCCUCUGCGGGCCCACGGGGGAGGAGGAGGAGAAGGAAAAGGAAAAGGAGGAUGCCCGUGGCACUUCCCCCGACACCGCUCUCUCCCCGCCCUUGAACCCAGGCCUCUUUGGUCGUGGCUGGAAACCCGGACUCUGGCCCAGCUUCUCCUGCCGCUGACUCACACCCUUACAAUAAUUCAAAAUAAUUACGGGAUUAAGUCCUUGCUAUGUCCCAAGCACUGUAUUAAGCACCAGGUUGGUAGAAGAUGAUCCGUUUGGACACAGUCCCUGUGCCUCCUGGGACUCCCAGGCUAAGCAGGAGGGCAGGGUAGCCCAGUCACGCUGUAACCCAGCUGUUUUUCUGCAUGACCCCUCCCGCGAGUCCACAACCCCCUGCCACCAAUACAACUCGAGCCCCCAACCUCCCCCCCCAUCACAAACUCCCAAGGGCCUCGCCAACUACUCUGGGGGUAAAAUCAAAGCCAACGGGCCGGAAUCAAUCCGUCAAUCAAUAGUACUUAUUGGUCACUUACUGUGGGCGGGGAACUGUACCGAGCACUGGGGAGAGUAUAGUACGACGGUGAUGGACACGCCCAAAUCCCCCCAUCACCCCUUCCCCCUCUAGACCGUGGGCAGGGAGCGUGUCUACCCACUUUGUUCUAUUGCACUCUCCCAAGUGCUCGGCACACAGUAAGCGCUCAAUAAAUCCCGUUGACCGAUCCAACGUUCAA